CACGCGGAAGAGACUCCUUUGCUAGUUCGCCUUAGCACUUGUCCAAACUGUGAAAGCAGCGUUCCUAACGAACCAUCGCCCAAAGAAUUCGCUGAAAUGGCAAACGAUGGUAGAGUGCGAUUGAUAAAAGCAUUGAAAGUCAGCUAUUGGAAGCAGUUUGAACAUGGUAUGCUGUCUCGAGAGGCAGUGCAGGCAUUGAUCAAUCUGGCCGAUACUGCAAUGGAUGAAGAAGAAAGGUACAACUGAAUAAAGAGUUACAGUCAACUUUCUCUUGACGACUUGUGGUAUAAGAGUGAGACCUCUUUGAAACGGAUACCUAAAGCUAAUCCAGCCGUUCUUGAGUAAUUUUCUUUUACUCCCUAUAAAGUUUAAACCCUUCUAAGUUUAAGACAGGCACUUAGCUCAGGCCCUGGCAGUCUCCAUUUUAAUUCAGGCAACAGGGUGUUUGAAAAAUCUAUAUCGCAACUGGGUGUAAAAGAUAAGAAGGGAUUUUCAUAGAUGCGUGAUCAUAAAUGAAAAAUGGUUGAGAAGGCUUUCGAGCUAGAAACAGUUUAACCUGUUAAAAAAUGGAUGUGAAACAAACUUAGCAAUAGACCCCUCCCGUAUUCCUUUCAGUGAGCUCACACAAUGAAAGGAGCUUGUGGCCUGGUUGACCAAUCUUAUAAAAGUCACGCCCAACGAUUCGAGUCGAGUUUUUGUUCACAGGAAUACGAAAAUGGUUUAUUGUUCAGUAUUUCAAUUGUAUCUACACCAUCUACAGUUCUUUCAAUAAAGACAAAUCAAAAUCUUAGCCCUUUUCCGGCGAUAGUCGCCAAAAGGAGAACUUCACGUUAUCCAUGUUUAAAGAACCGUAAAGUAGGCACCGUGUAGUUAUAUAAGCUCGACAACAAAGCUACGGGGAACUUUUUGUAUAGCUUGUUUUUUCUCGGAUUGAUAAUGCUUUUUUUGUUGACAGUUUUAUUGAAGUGGAUGACUUACAGCCCUAUUGGAGGGUGCCACCAUCUCUACAAAAGCUGGUACGUGUGUUUCUUCGUAUUAUAGUAUAUUAUAAUAUUUUGAGUUCUACUAACGAUAAAAUUUUGUUUUCAUUUCUUAUCACACUCUACGCUUUGAAGAUUCAUCAGUAAGGCUACUUGGUACGGAGCUUCAAAGUUCAUAAUAUUUACUGCUGUGCUGUGAUAAUUAAGGCCAAAGAAAAACACAUUUCAAAUGAAUUCAUGUUGCAGAUUAAAACAGCAUAACUUCGGGUAUAUAAGUAAGGCUAUUGGCUGAUAUUUACUGUUAAAACAAAAAAGGGCAAAAAAACACGAUUCAAAUAAAGAAAACGGUGAAGAUUAAAACAGCAACUUCAGGUUUAAGUAUAGGGUUUUUGGCAGCAUUUUGAAACAGAUCGGUCGAGUCUCGGAAAGUUCUGAUCUUGGGCUAGUGAUGUUGAUGAUAAUGAUGAUGAUAACGGCGAUGGUGAUGAUAAUAAUCAUGAUGGUAAUAAUCAUGAUAAAAUGACGUUGAAAAUGGUGAUGAUGACAACGUUGACGAUAACGGUUGUACUGAUGGCGACGAUGAUGACGUGUCUUAACUCUAUAAUUUCUUUUUGCAUUAGAAAGACAAACUGGAGCAAAUGAAACACCACAAACCGGCUGAACGGGUACCCACGCCGAAUAACAAGAUUCUUUCCUUCAUGUACAGCGUGGCUGUACACGUAUCGUUUGACAUCGUUAUGAAUACCUUGAUCAUAAUCAACAUGGUGCCUAUCAUUCUGGAACUGGCCUCAGACGACGAUGCUCCUUACAUGAACACUUUGAACGUCAUCAAUUAUGUUUACUGUACCAUAUACGUCGGUGAAGCGGCCUGGAAGGUAUGUGUUGUCUAAAAAGCUUCCUUAUCUAAAUUCUUUUUUAGGUGUCUAGCUGUCUUUGAAUUUGAAAGCUACUUUGUCUAAAUUGUUUUGUAGGUGUCUGGCUGUCUUUUAAUUUAAGGUUUGUGUUGGAAGUUACAUGACUACUAAAAAAAUAUGAAAAUGAAUUGAUACUUCGUAAGUAAACAUAAAUAUGUCACUGAUAUGUUUUAUCUCAUUUGUUAAUUAUACCUCAGUCAAAUAUCAUAACCCCUACUAAAGGUGCAGUGACUUCUACAGAUAAAAUGCAUGUUACUGUGAAUAUUUUAUUACUGAAAUAUACGUUUUGUUGCAAAUCUUAAACGAAUAUAUUGUUUUUACAGAUUUUGGCUUUUCGUCGUUACUACUUCAAAGACUACUGGAACCUCCUCGACCUGUUUAUAGUUAUAUUGUCCCUUAUCGAUAUCAUUAUUGACCAGGCAGUCGAAGAAGGCACAGGGAAUUUUUCUCCAUCAAUCCUUAAAGUAGCCAAAGUUUUCAGAGUACUCAGAAUGGGCCGUCUUUUAAGGCUCUUCAAGGUAGGCCAUCUCAUCUAUUACUGACAAGUAACUUGUCACUUGUUUCCCCAUUUAUCUAUAGUUGUUUUCAACUUAAGUUUUCCUUGGCUCGUCUAAAAAGAAAACGCUUUUGGUCAGCAGUCUAAAUUUGUCUUCUCGAUAGCUACGAUCAUUGCGUGUGUGCGAACACAUUGAAUCACGUGAUUGAAUUAUUAGAAUGGUUUUUGAUAACGUAAAGAAUGCCAACAAAACCGCGAAAAGUUCAGUUUCAUGAACCAUGUCAUAAAAGACGAUUACAUGUAUUUACAUGUCGAUUUGAAUUUUGAAACAAACCUUCACAUUGUUUUGUUCGACUUCUGUUUUCGUAUCAGGAACAAUUCCAAUAAUAUUAACUGUCACUGCGUUAAGAAACCAUUUACCUCAAAGAAAAAUGAGAACAUUUUCAAAUCUACGAUCAGUCGCCCCAUGUAAGGGAGGCAAUACUGUCUUGAAUUCUGGAUUCCAUGCCAUGGGUUCCGCAUUCUCAGUCAGUGGAACUUGGAUUCCGAAUUCCAAUCGUUAGUGGGAUAGCGUGGAUUUCUUGAGCUGUUUUCCAGAUUUCAAAGCCCAGAAUUCCGGAUUCCACAACUCAAAAUUUCCCGGAUUCCAGAUUCCACAAGCAAAAAUAUCGUGGAUUCCGGAAUCCCAAUUCCCUUAAACGGGGCAAGAUCAGAGAACGCAUUGAGGUUUCUUGAGGGAGAUUUAAUUCACAAACUUUAGAAACGAAUCGACCGGGCGUACAACUCAUUUAGCAUUUUAUUUUCCCUACAGGCAGUUCUUCCAAAACUGAUAGACUCUGUGAAUAACAUUAUCAACCGUCAGUUGAGCUUUGGAUAUGAUGUUGGUAAAGGAUACAUUAUCGCCGAGGAAGAAAUCAUCAAGUUGAUAGAUCACAUGGUGGUGGAUAAAAGAAUCGCAAAGGAUUUAAAACAAAGAUCAGAACAGAACCGUUUGAAUGUCGUGAAAAGCCUGGGUAAGCAGGCGCGCUUGCAGCGUUAUUCUUCCUUAUCUAGGUUUACGUUUUUGACCUCGGCUACCAGAAGAUCUUAGUUCAGGCUGGAAGAAGAGUAAGAAAGAGGAUAGGGGAGGGUAAGAAGGAGAGAUGAUAACUCCUUUCUCAGUUUACUGUUUCGCGCGUUUACUUCCAUCAUGUUUACUGUCGUCAAUAGAACUUUUUGUUUACUAAUUAAUCCUUUUUGUGUUUGUGAUAAUUCUGAAGGCCAUGUAGCAUUUCGAUGGCAAUCAAAAAGAGCAUCCUAUAGCAGUUUCUUGCCUAGAUGUAANACCCCCCCCCCCCCCCCGCCCCAAAUCCCCUUAAUUGCUGACCAAAACACCACGCUGGAUUGAGUUUUUCUUGAUGAUUUACCUGCAAAAAAAACUUGCGUUGACAGUUUCGCUGGUGAACUGUGAUAACUGUAAUAUCAAUACACAAAAAUCGGUCGCACAAGGUGUAACAUUACUUUUGUCGGUAGACUGCGAGCAGUUUCUCUUUUUCUUCCAUAUUAGUGAGGGGAGUGCACGCGCGCGCGAGCCGUGUUUCGUUCGAUAGACUAAAAAAACAGAGACUUCUCAUAGUCUUUUUUGUCAGUGUUAAUAGUAUACGACUCAAUAAGAAAGACCUCAGGUACUUGGUUCGUCUCACAUAAAAGAGAGAACAAAUCCAUAGUGUCUCCUAAACUUAAAUUUUUCUAUUCCCCUUUAAUUUCAGUUUCCUAACAAACACUUAUUUUUGUUGGAACUCUUUCAGGCAUGCUGCAACGUGAACAUCCAGGAAUUGCAAUCUCAGUAAAAACCCGCCAAGCGAUUCGCACCAUUUUGAACAAUGCCCGUGACGUUAUUCAUGAGCUCAAAGGAGGCGGACUAUUGGAUGAGGCUGAAGCAGCAAAACUUGAAUCGGUAAUCAAGUUUUAAACCUAUUAUAUCUUUGUUUCUGGUUUGUUAGUGAGACUUUCUGGCAUCUGAUCAUCGUCAAUCUUACCCUAUCCUGCUCAGCUCCAGCAGGUUGCCUCAGUGUCUGUCGUUUUAAGCCGCGGCUGUUCAAAUGCUGUAUAACGCUGUCCAACGGAUAAAUCACUGUUCAGAGGAUAGAUAUUCGUAAAACCAAAAGUGUUUUUCAGUAGAUAGAGGUUUAUCCCCAUUGGAUAGAGUUACAGCGUGCAAAGAAAGUCGUGCCCGAUGGCCCAGGACUAGUGGAUUUUGCUAUCGACCCGGCCAGCUGGUGAAUUCUGUUCUUAACUUGCCCGACGAGUAAACGAUUUUUUUAGAGAACUCACUUGCAGAAGAAAUGUAAUCAAUCCUGAUCAUCAAUAAUUUUUUUCUUCGGGCUAUUUACAAUGAUUCUUGGGCUAGUAUAUGCUAGCUGAAGCUUGAAUUGCCCGAAUGUCAAAUUGUAAAACUGACUUUCUUUGAGCCCUGGACAACUAGGGCCUGUUUAAGCUCUUUAGUUAGACAUUGAUCUUUGUCGGAGUCUAUAUCCCAUUGAUUAGACUUGAUUAGCCAUUGACACAGUACAAAAGCUGCACAAAUAAGUAAAGAACCUUAAGUGAUUCUCAAUCUUCGACUUACAGAUUGUCGAAGUGAAGAUGAAGCGACAACUGAGUGCUCCAGCCUCCAUUCAACCUCAGAAGCCCUUGGAAUUGCUGCGUAACGUGGUGUGGCUAGAAGGAAUG